AUGAAUUCCCAGCCGAUGGCCACAAUGAGCGCCUUGACUCGUGAGAGCCUACAAAAUGUUCUUGCAAAAAUACAAACAAAAAAAGCACAAGGUGCUACAGAAGCUAAUGACGCAGAGUACGCACACCUAUUGAAUAUUUUGAGGGCGUAUCAACAGCAAAACUAUCCUUCAUUAUCUACAACUACCCCGCCAGCAGGAACGACAGCAACAACAGCGGCCGCAGCAAGAGGUUCGACGGCGUUGGUGGGAACUACAAAUACUACAACUUCUACAACUCCGACGUCAAUGGCACAAGCAUCAAGUCCAUUGACACCGGAACAACUAAUGUCAUUAAAAUAUCAAAUUCUUGCAUUCAAGCAUAUUAACAAAAAUGUGCCUGUCCCGACACAAUUGCAACAAGCAAUGUUCACAUCAAAUAAUAAUAUAACUAAUAAUGGUAUGCCAGCUGAAACAGUCUCUUCGAAAAUUGUUGAAGCUGCAUACAAUCAUCACACAUCUUCCGCGCAGCUAGACGCCGCUUCUGCCGCGACAAAUGCCGGAUCUGGGAGUGGCGUUGUCGGAGCUGGGGCAUACAACGCCUACACAGAUCCAUUCACAUACCUGAAAAAUCUGAAUAGUGUUGCCCAAGGAAAUUUUUCGCGGCAACAGCGGAUGUUGGUGCCGAGUAUCACGCCAGUGGGUCUUGAUCCUCAUGCAAUAGCUCAAGAACGCGAGAAUAUCAUCAAUGCGAGAGUCAAAGCUAGAAUUAAAGAAUUGGAGAACUUGCCAUCUAAUUUGGCGAAUGAUUCAUUGAAGUACGGAUCGUCUAAUAAAUUUCAACCUUCCACGAAAUUGAAAGCAUUGAUAGAAUUAAAAAGUCUUCGUCUUCGUGAAAAGCAAAAAAGACUAAGACAUGAAGUUAUUAAAGGCAUGUCGAAAGCUGCUUCAUUGGCAACAUCGGCGGAUCGAGCAGCUUUCCGACGAAUGAAAAAACAGACUCUCCGGGAAGCAAGAAUCACUGAAAAACUCGAACGUCAACAAAGAGUCGACAGAGAACGAAGAGAAAAACAAAAACAUCUGGAUUACUUGCAAAGUAUAUGUAACCACGGUCGUGAAAUGACUCAAGCCCAUAAAGUACAUCAAGCAAAACAACUCAAACUGGGACGACAGAUACUUGCUCUUCACGCACAAAUCGAGAAAGAAGAGCAAAAGCGAAUGCAACAAACUGCCAGAGAACGUCUUCAAGCUCUUAAAGAGGACGACGAACAAAAAUAUCUCAAACUUAUCGAUGAAGCAAAGGACAAGCGUAUCACACAUUUGCUUAAACAAACUAACAAAUACUUGGAAUCGUUGGCGCAGGCAGUUAUCGCCCAACAAAAUAUUGACCUUCACCACGAUCCAACUGUACGCGGAGGCGUAGAGAUGAUGGACGAUGAGGAAGGAACAUCCUUUGCACUAUCUGAUGGUCAAAAAAUCGAUUAUUAUGAUGUCGCCCAUCGUAUCAAAGAAGAAGUCGAGCAACCUGCUCUCUUGGAAGGAGGUCUUCUUAAAGAUUAUCAAGUUAAGGGCUUGCAAUGGAUGGUUUCGUUGUAUAACAAUAGACUAAAUGGUAUUUUGGCUGAUGAAAUGGGAUUAGGAAAAACAAUUCAAACUAUUUCACUCAUCACCUAUCUAAUUGAGAGAAAGAAACAGAACGGACCAUUCUUGAUCAUUGUCCCAUUAUCUACACUAACAAAUUGGACCAUGGAAUUUGAAAAAUGGGCACCAGACGUGUCAAAAUGCGUUUACAAAGGGAUCCCGGCAGCUCGUAAAGAAAUACAAAUGAAUUACAUCAAACAUAAUAAUUUCCAGGUUCUGCUUACGACAUAUGAAUAUAUCAUUAAAGAUAAAGCUGUUCUCUCGAAACUUCGUUGGGUCUAUAUGAUCAUCGACGAAGGGCAUCGUAUGAAGAACACCAAUUCCAAAUUAUCCAACAUUUUAACUCAUAGCUACCAGUCUAGAUAUCGACUUAUCUUAACAGGAACACCUCUGCAGAAUAAUUUACCCGAAUUAUGGUCUCUGUUGAACUUUGUGCUGCCUAAAAUUUUUGAUUCUGUUAAAAGUUUUGAUGAGUGGUUUAAUACGCCUUUCGCCCAUACUGCUGGUCAAGACAAGAUCGAACUUAAUGAAGAGGAGAAAUUGUUGAUUAUCAAGCGUCUACACAAAGUUCUUCGUCCAUUCUUAUUGCGUCGUCUCAAAAAAGAUGUAGAAUCGGAAUUACCAGAUAAGGUAGAGCGGGUCAUAAAGUGCAAGUUUUCUGCUCUUCAGACCAGACUUUACGUCCAAAUGAAAAAACACGGAAUGUUGUUCGUCAAUACUGGUGAAAAAGGACAGACUGGUAUUAAAGGGCUCAACAACACCAUUAUGCAACUUCGAAAAAUUUGUAACCAUCCAUUUGUAUACGAAGAAGUGGAGCGAGAUAUCAAUCCCAGAAAACUCACCAAUAACUUGAUAUAUCGGGUCUCGGGAAAAUUCGAACUGCUUGACCGUGUAUUGCGUAAACUUCGUGUUACUGGUCACAGAGUUCUCAUCUUUUUCCAAAUGACCGCUAUAAUGAACAUCAUGGAAGAUUUCCUCAAUUUCCGCUCCUACCGGUAUCUUCGUCUAGACGGUUCAACCAAAGCAGAAGACAGAUCGACCCUACUGAAACAAUUUAAUGAUCCCGAUUCGCCGCAUUUUGUAUUCUUACUGAGUACUCGUGCUGGUGGUCUUGGUUUGAAUUUGCAAAGUGCCGAUACUGUUAUCAUCUUCGAUUCGGACUGGAAUCCCCAUCAAGAUCUUCAAGCUCAGGAUCGUGCACAUCGUAUCGGCCAAACAAAAGAAGUACGAAUUCUACGUUUGAUCACACAAAAAUCUAUUGAAGAAACUAUACUUGCACGAGCUCAAUACAAACUUGACAUUGACGGAAAAGUCAUUCAAGCCGGUAAAUUCGAUCAAAAGAGUACCGCCGAAGAACGGGAAGCAUUUUUACGGUCGUUGCUUGAAGGGGAAAAUGACGAGGUUAAUGAUGUCAAUGACGACGAAGAACUUACAGAUGAAGAGCUCAAUGAGAUUAUUGCGAGAAACGAUGACGAGCUCAAACUGUUCAAAGAGAUCGAUAAGCAGCGGAUGGCUGAGGAUCAAAGAGAAUGGACUGGUAAAGGAAAACCCGAGAGGCUCUUUCAAGAUAGCGAGUUACCUGAAGUGUACUUGAUAGAUGGUGAUAUCUUACUUAAACGUCAUGAACAAGAUAUAGAGUAUGGUCGUGGCCAGAGAGCCAGAAACGAAGUACAUUAUGACGAUGGAUUAACUGAAGAGCAGUGGAUGAAUGCUCUCGAGAACGAAGAUGAGAUUGCUGAAGUGAUAGCCAAGAAUCACGCUAAAAAACGGCGACGAGAAGAACGAAAAACUAAAAAGCUUGAAAAGACACAAAUUGUUGAUAUACAACAGCAGCACCCCCAAACAUCCUCAUUCAUAAAAACAGAAGAGGAACAAACUCCCGUUGUUGCUGAAUCAUCUCGAAAGAAACGAGGUCGACCCCGAAAAGAAGUUCCAACUAUUGACACACCAAUAGAAUCAACAACAUCCACUACAUCAUCAUCUGCAAAACGAAAAGGAAAGAGAAAAACCGAAACGACCGAUGACACGCCCAAACAAACCUCAAAGAAAAGAAAGGUUUCCAGCGGAAAAGCGGUUGUUGACACAGUGCCUCAAGAAGUUCGCGAAAAGUUGAACCGAAUCUUUAAGGAACUUUACGAGCUCGUUGAAAACUGCACAGACUAUGACGACGGGGAGGCACGCCAACGAUGUUUUUUAUUCAAAGAGCUAGUUCGUAAACAAGAUUACCCGCAGUACUACCAACUGAUCAAGAAGCCUAUCGCUAUGAAAGUCAUUCAGAGGAAAAUGAAAAAUAAUGAGUACACGUCGGCCCAGGAAUUCCGUGACGAUUUUCACUUAAUGUUCAAUAAUGCGAUGGAGUUCAACGAGACCGACUCGCAGGUUUAUAAGGAUGCCAUGGUUAUGAAACAAAUGUUUGAUCAAAAGUAUGGUGAGAUUGUUUAG